AACAAUCUUUUGUAACCACCCCCCUGAACGCAUUACCAUGGCUGACAGUAGCUCUCUCCCAUUUCGUCCAAGCCUGGACUAAGACACUAAUACUACAACUAACAGAACAAGACUGGUACACGAUCUUCUCCUACACCUUCCAUGCACACACUAGUGUCUUCCUUCAAGAAACCAAUUAUACACUUCUAUCAAGGUGGUAUAACACUCCAGCGAAAAUCCACAAAUGUGUCCCAUCACAGCCCUCAACAUGCCGGAGAUGUGGCUUAGCUAUGUGCAACCUAGAGCAUAUUUGGUGGUCGUGCCCCAGAAUAACAGGGUUUCAGAUUCAGGUACAAGAAAUCACAGGGCAUAAGAUCACACUGGAACCUGCAAAAAUUAUCUUCCAUUUCACUGAU